AUGUCUACUCGCCACGCUAGAACUGCUGAUAGAGCUUCCAAUGAAAAGAAUACCAAGAUAUUGAAGGCUCUCUUGCAAAAGAAUGCCAACAAAUACUGUGCUGACUGCAAGAAGAAGGAUGCUCGUUGGGCUUCUUGGAAUCUUGGUAUAUUUAUCUGUAUUCGUUGCUCUGGCAUUCAUCGCUCUCUUGGUGUUCAUAUCAGUAAAGUUAAAUCAGUCGACUUGGAUACUUGGGUCCAAGACCAGGUAGAAAACAUGGUUCGUUGGGGAAAUGAGCGUGCAAACAAGUAUUGGGAAGCUACUCUCAAGGACAAGAAGCCUUCAGAGAGCAACAUGGAAAUGUGGAUUCGUGCCAAAUACGAGCAAAAGAGAUGGGCAAUGAAGGGUCCUAUUCCAGAUCCUAGUACUUUGGGUGGAGACGAUGAUGCCGAUGAUGUUCUUAGCACGCCUAAAUCUGCUUCUUCCGCCUCUUCAUCUGUUCGUCAGUCUCCUGCCCCUCAACAGCAGCAGGUAAAGCCUAAGCAAUCAGAGUUUGCUAAUUUGGACGCAUUCUUGGGCUCUCCUUCAUCUUCUCCUGCAGUCAGCCAUCAAACCGCUAAACCUGCUGCCUCUGCUGCCACUCAACUUCAAGGAGCUGACUUCUUUUUUGACAGUGCACCCUCGAGCACAUCGCCUGCUGCUGCUGCUGCGUCUUCCACCUCAGCAUCGCCUCAAGCUCAACAGGCUCAAGCACCCAAACAAAACGAUUUCAAGUCGAUUUUAUCUUUAUACAGUAGUAUUCCUGCUGCAACUCCUCCACCUCAACACCAACAACAACAACAAUAUGGAGGAAGCUUCCAAAGCCAAAUGGCAGGUUUGAACCUGGGAGGAGGAAAUCAAUCUUACGGACAACAAUUCAACACAACUCAAACUAAUAAUUACAAUAGCACGUGGGGAUCAUUUGCUACUGCUACAACAUCCCAGCAACCACAGCAACAGCCUCAAGGAAGUCAAUUCUUUACAUCUAAUAUUAAUACACCUGCCAAAAAGCCCGAGAAGAAGGAUGUCUUCGCAGAUCUCUUGGGUUAA